CAUCAAUUGCAUUAGAAGCGUUGAAGUUAUACGCUGUGACGUUCUCAAUUGUCUCUUGAAGCUGUCACACAAUGAAGUACUCACCGUAUAGUUCAAUAUUGGCUAAUUCAUCUUUCGAGUUCGAUGGUGACGAUGAGUUUGACUCGAGCUCUCCGUUUCUGGUCAAGUCAUCACCUCUCAAGUCACUUUCCAACAAUGUUGAUAAUAGUAUAGAAACGCCCUCAAAGUCGCCGGUGUACAGGAUGAGAAGAAAUGUUGUCUCCUCUCCAUUGCACAAGUCCCCGUAUAAUGUCUCACAGCUACUUGGAUCUCAAAGUCGAAAGAACGCUGACGAGUUGAGCGACUUGCUGAAGGAUUUCAACCUGAAGGAUCGUUUUGAUAUUGUCAAGGAACAAGCGAGUACUAGGUGUCCCAGGUUAAGGCCGGUAUCCAGACCCGUGUCUGCAUCAUCAAGUGCUAGGCAGACACGAAGAUCGUCUAUUGUUCUGGACUCGACAACGGGAUUGGAGAUGUCGGAUGAAGUAGGAGCACUCGAUGGCCAGAGAGCCAAACUCGAGCUGGAAGACAGCCAGCAAAGGGUUAUAUCUAGCUUAGAAACACGACUCAAGAAAAGAACUUUAGAAGUUGAUUCCAUGAUCAAGGCUAUUGAAGAUGAAAAGAGGCGUAUUGAAGAAGAAAGGAAGAGAAGAGAAGAGGAGGAAAGAAAGAGAUUAGAGGAGGAAAAGAGACUUGAAGAAGAGCGUAAGAGGAAAGAACAGCUAGCAAAGGAGAAGGCUGAACGGGAGAAGAAAGCUCAAGAGGAAGCGCAAAAGAAGCUUAAAGAAGAAGCUGAAAGGAAGGAAAAACUAGAAGCUGAACAAAGGGCUAUAGAAGAUGCAAAGAAAGCUAAGGGAUUGACAAACUUCUCUGAGAUUGACUCCACUUUCCAACAUUACAAGCAGAUGAUUGUGGAUAUCAAGAAUGAUAUAGUUCUGAAGGUUAAAGAGGAUCUACAGACAAAAAAUGCCAUUCUUAAACACAAGAGAAAGAUCAAUCCGAAAUUUGGACAAUUGACAAACAGUAUGUCACAACUUCAUCGUGUUAGUGAUGAGGUUAUUACCUUGAUCAAUGAAACCAGGGGUGUUGAGCUUGCAUUCAAAUGGAUAUUGAACUUUGUUGCAAAGGCUAUUGUAUCACAAGCUGAGACAGAGGUAAGAGUUCGACCUGAUUCCUCUUUGCCAUUGGCAAGGUUAACUCUGAACAUUCUAUGUGAGUUCCCGGAAUUGAAAGAGUUCUUAAUGGCGAGAUUUGUGAAGAAGUGUCCUUAUGUGAUUGGCUAUACGUGUGCAAUUGACACUGUUGAAGGACGUCUCUGUAUGGGCUGGAAAAGGCAUGAAGAUGAUAAAUGGGAAGAGGACAUCAGUUAUGACGAGAGGAUGGCAGGGAUGAUGACGUUAUUCAGCGUGCUAACAAGGCUGCCUCUAUCACCAAAGUACUUUGGAACGGUAUCACACCCAUUGCCCCUCUCUGAGAACUGGAAGAUGAUGGCUAGAUUGUUAAACCAACCGAAAGAACAGCUGACAAACACCCACUUCACAGUGGCAUCCUCUUGGUGGGAGGCUAGUGCGAAUGAGAUAAUUAUGAACUAUGGUAGACAAGGUCAGAAGUUGUUGGAAAUCAUAUGGACUCAAUGGGUAGAUUCUGUCGUCGAUAAGAAGUUCACCAGUGCCAAUACUUUACGAAUCAUUGGUGAAGAUUGGAAAAACUCAGGCACGCUCAAGACGUUAACUGAGAUGGAGCCUUAGACAUGGAGGUGAUUAUUGCAUUAUUACUGUUCGUGUGACAUCAUCCUUGUAUUGUAUAUUGACGCUAUUUGCGGUCUUUAAAUCGAUCAUAUCCGCUUGGGUCAUGAAUUGUGAC